AUUACCUGAGCUGAAAUCAAGAGUCAGAUGCUUAACUGAUGCUUAACCCAGGCACCCCAGCUGGAUCUGUUUUCUUCCCAACCUCUCCUCUUCUCUAUCCUCCCUAACUGGGUGAUUUCAUCCAGCCCUAUGACUUUUAGAAAGUCAUAGGACUUUCAGCCCUAGGACAUCUCAGAUAUUUCUCAAAUGUUUAGAUCCAGCCCUCAUCUCGCUCAUAAACUCUAGAUCUAGUCAUCUAAUUGAUAUCUCUGUUUGGAUGUUUAAUAGGCACCUCAAACUUAAUAUAUCUUGUGCCUGCAAGUCCCUCUAAACCUGUUCUUCUUCCAGUAUUCCCCACUUUAGGAAAUGGCACUAGUUGGUCAGGCCAAAUAUUCUGAAGUCAACUUUGACUUGGGUUUCUCUCACAUGCCCUACAUUUUUUGUCUUGUCAGCCAAUCCUGUUAGCUGUAGAUUUACUCUUAUCUAGAAAUAAAUAACUUCUUAUUAUAUCAUCUCCACCGCUACUGCCCAAGUUUAUCACCACUUUACCAUCGGCAAUCCCCUGGACUACUGCAGUAGCUUUCUUUUUUUUUUAAUUUUUAAAAAAAAUGUUUAUUGUAGACCGAGACAGAGUGCAAGUGGGGGAGGGGCAGAGAGAGAGGGAGACACAGGAUCCAAAGCAGGUUCUAGGCUCUGAGCUGUCAACACAGAGCCCUACACGGGGCUCAAACCCAUGAACCGUAAGAUCAUGACCAGAGCCAAAGUCGGACACUUAACUGACUGUGCCACCCAGGCGCCCCUGCAGUAGCUUUCUAAUCAGUCUCCCCGUUUCUAUAUUUGUUCUGUGACAAAUGUCCUCCUCUACACUGUUCUCGACACAGCAGCCAGAAUGAUCCUUUAUAAUCAUAAAUCAGGUCAUGUCACUCCCCUGCUCAAAACCUUCCAGUGGCUGUCCAUCAUACAUAAUAAGAAUCAGAUCUGAAGUCAUCUUUAUCAUGGCCCCAGUGGCCACUCCAAAUUUAUAUCCUUCUUUUCUUCUUUCCACUUAGCCCUACCAGGCUCAUAGGCCUUCUUACUAUUCUUUGAACACUGAGCUCUGCCUCAGGCCUUUGCACUAGCUGGAGCCUCUCAGGAACACUUCCUCCAGACAGUCACAUGCCUUGCUCCCUCAUGUUAUACAUGUUCCUCAGUAAAUGUUGCCUCCUUAACAGAGGGUUGCUCUGACCACCAAAUGGACCUUAUUUUUAUCAUCACUGCUUAAUAUCAUUUGGUUUUUUGCUUGUUUGUUCCUUGUUUGUGUCUCCUAUUAGAAUGUAAGCUCCAGAUUAUUAAACUGAUAAGAACAGAUACUACACUUGAUCUUAGCCAAAAGGCCAAGAAGCAAUGUAAGCUCCAGAUUAUUGAAUUUGUUGUUGUUUUUUUAAUGUUUAUCUACUUUUGAGAGAGAGAUAGAGUGUGAGCGGGGAAGGAGCAGAGAGAGAGGGAGACACAGAAUCCAGAGCAGGCUCCAGGCUCCGAGAUGUCAGCACAGAGCCCAACACAGGGCUCGAACUCAGAACUCAUGAACCACGAGACCGUGACCUGAGCUGAAGUUGUAUGCUGAACCGACUGAGCCACCCAGGUGCCCCGAAUUUGUUGUUUUUAGAGAGAGAAAGAGACAGGCAGAGUGUGACUGGGAGUGGGUCAGAAAGAAGAGGGAGACACAGAAUCUGAAGCAGGUUCCAGGCUCCGAGCUGUCAGCACAGAGCACUGCGCAGGGCUCGAACUCAUGAACCAUAGCCAACCCGAGUGAGCCGCCCAGGCGCCCAUUAAUGGAUUGGUUUCACUGUAACUGGUGUUUUCGAAAAGAUGGAGACAAUUUCUUUGUCACCAGCUGUGGCCAUAUUUUUUGUAAAAAGUGUGUGACUCUGGAAAAAUGUGCUGUUUGUGGAACUGCCUGCAAGCAUCUGGCUCUUUCUGAUAAUCUGAAACCUCAGGAGAAGAUAUACUUCAAAAGCCCUGUGGAGACAGCUUUGCAGUAUUUUAGUCACAUCUCUCAGGUGUGGAGUUUCCAGAAGAAACAAACAGAUCUCCUCAUCGCCUUUUAUAAGCAUAGAAUUACAAAGUUAGAAGCAGCCAUGCAGGAGGCACAGCAGACGGUGACCAGCCAGGAAAAAGAGCUGUCAGUCUUAAAGAAGGAGAAUGGAGAACUGAAGAAAUUUCUUGCCAUCCUAAAGGAAUCUCCAAAUUGGUACCAAGGAAGCAGGUCAGCCACACCUCGACCAGUAGGCAUUACUUCUCCAUCACAGUCAGUUACUCCACGACCCAGUUCUCAGCACAGCAGCCAAGUGGUCAGUCGAUCCUCCUCAGUGGAGUCUGUCCCUUACAGAAUGUCUGGAUUUACUAGCUUGGGACAAGGAGUCAGAGGCCUACAAGGAAAAAGUACUCCCAGAGACUCAUAUAUUGAAACCCCUUCACCAGCUUCCACUCACAGCCUAUCUUAUAGGCCUUCACCUGCCUCUUCUGGACAGGGGAUUUUUUCUUUCAGACCAUCCCUAAAUGGUGGGGAUUCAGGCCACAGAAGAGCCCUUACCCCCAGUAAUUCAGGUCAGAGGGAAAGCAGAACCCCACUAGAGAGUCUUCCUGGUUUCCAGCUACCAGUCCAGCAGGAAGACUUUUUUCAGCACCCCCUUGUCAGACUUACGCACGAGCUGAGCCGCGCCCGCCCAGCCGAGGGCCCAACCGCCGUCAGCAGCGUCGUUGUAAAUGUAGCGCCUAGAGCAACCGGGAACUUGUUCUACAGAUGGAUCAAAUGUCUUGCCACCUGAAAGACGAGGAUCCUAGCUGUCCGGCGCCUUCGGAACACUGCACAGGUGUUCCCAAAGACGAAGUGUCAGAAGGGGGCACUUGUUUGGGACCUACCAGAUCCCCAGGUCCCCUUUCUGUCCCAGUGAAGAGGACCUGGAACUCCACCUCAUAUCUGGGGACCUUGGUUUUCUCUUGUCUAGAAAGGGAUGGCAAUGAAAUGGACUUUUCACCAAAGUGGUAGUCCACACCCCGAAGUUCUGGGCCAAAAGUUUGUAUAUUUAGGAUUCUCCGUCUUCGACUAAAACUUGGGAAUGGUA